AAUCAAGUACACUCAGAGUUGUAUGUAACUGCAUUGCUGAGAACUGAUAAAAUAAUAUAAUAAAAGCGAAGAAAAGAAUCUCGUCGAUCGGAAUCUGCCAUCUGUCUCAUUAAAGUUCAUUGAAUAAUAAGUGGAACACAAAUGCAUUAACAGUCAAUAUAAAAUUUGUUGAGACAAUCAUGGAUAUCGAGACAGAAAAUGUGAUAAAUUUAGUAUUUCCGGAAGGUAUCUUAGAAUCGUGGAAGGAAAAUCCUAAUUUUUAUCAAUAUCUCUCAAAAUUAGGAGGCUUUGAUGUAGAUCAGCUGAGCAAAGAACCCGAUCAUUUAUCUGAUGAGAGAAGUGCAGUUCUUCAGACUACACAGAAAUUAGUCUUUGCAAACUAUAAAACUUUUAUUCAGACAGCAGAAAGUUCACGAGAGAUACUUAAUCAUUUCAACGAGAUCGAAAGCCGCCUUGACAAACUUGUACAAAAAAUUCCAGAAUUUGUAGGAAAAUGUCAAUCGUUUUGUGAUACUUCAAAGGAUAUUAAUGCUCAUCGAAGACUAAAUAGUUUAACGCUAACGCGAAAUGCAGAACUACUCGAAAUUCUCGAGAUGCCCCAAUUAAUGGAAUCUUGCUUGAGAAGCAACCAGUAUAAUGAAGCAUUGGAAUUGUCUCAAUACGCUCGUCAAUUAGGAAUGAAGCACGGAGACAUACCCAUCAUCUCGUCUAUAGUGGCAGAAAUUGAAAGCAGUUGGUCUGGUAUGGUAGGACAAGUGGUUGGAUCUCUGAGAGGAGACCUACCACUUCCGAGAUGUCUUCAACUUGUAGGUUUAUUACGAUCUAUGGAUGCAUUUACAGAAUCGGAACUUCGUAUAAAAUUCCUUCAAGCGAGAGAUAGUUGGCUCCAAGGUUUACUAAAUGCAAUACCGAAGGAAGAUCCUAACCUUCAUAUGGCUAAAACAAUAGAAUUAUCCAGGAUACACUUAUUUAAUAUAAUAACGCAGUACAAAGCUAUGUUUAACGAUGAUGAAUUGGCAAUUCCCGAUCGUGACUUGACGUUAAACGAAUCUGCGAUAUUUUAUCAUUGGUUGGAAGAAAAGAUAUCACAAUUUCUUACCACUCUAGAACAAGAUUUACCGGGAGUAACAUCUAUAGAUACUAUUUUGGGUCAGUGUACCUAUUUUGGAUUAUCGUUUGGUCGAGUGGGUGUUGAUUUUACUGGUCGAAUGUCCGACAUAUUUGUACGAGUUAUCGGUGAAAGGUUUGAACAGAACGUUCGUAGAACAACUAGGAAGUUUGAGAAAGACAUGGAAACAUUUACGUUGAUUAAUAAAACACAACGACUUGAUAUAAAAUCAGAAAUUUCUAUCAACUCUGAAAGUCCACCCGAACAAUUAGUAGAAUUUUAUCCUCUCGCUGAAUACUGCAAUGGAAUAAUUGCGGCGUUCAAUGAAUUGAGACUCUGUGCACCGGUGGCACUCUCUAUCUCAUGCACAAAAUUACUACAAGAGUCAUUGCAUAAUGUAGCGAAAGCUAUGUUGAUAUUUUACAAACAAGAACAGCAAGCGUUUGCAACUGCAGAACGAGAAAACAUGAUCAAGUUUACAGAAUGCUUGAGUGAACGAUUGAUACCCUAUAUACAGUACUGCGUACACGCGAUUUUUCCACCUACUCAAAUUGCAACACAUUUGGGAAUAUCAAUCAGUAUACUUCAAAAAGAGGAAAUCACAUAUUUAAACAAGCGAAACAUAAUAGAACCUGUGGCUAUACUAUUACCUAUUAAAAAAGAUUCUUUGAUUUCUAAGUUAUGCACUUCUAACAUACAGCCAUUAACAUCACAUAAUGCAAAGAAUCCUGUCGCAUCAUCUCUGCCAAUAGAAACGAUAGAUCCCACCAACUCGAAGAUUUUAGAAAAAUCAAAAGAAAACGAAAUUAUUCAACAGGAAACGAUACAAAAACGCGAGGUAUAAAAUUCGCAGAGUUCUAUCGAUGAUGCAAAAUAAUCCGUAUAAGAUAUCCGAUAUAAAUAUCAAAGUAUAUGUAUAUGUAUUUAAUUGUAAAUUUGGAUAAUAGCUUACAAUGUUACAUUAAAGAAUUUUAUAUAUAUAUA